AAUCAGAUAAUUAUUCUUCUAGAUCAACUCCCGUACUGAUCGUCGCAGAAAACAUGAAGACUUUUAUCAUCCUUGCUUUAUUUGCUGUAGCAGCUGCACGACAAGUUCCCUCCAAUCAGGAUCUGGAUAAACAUUGGGGAGAAUUCAAGAAAACUUACGGAAAAACAUAUACUGGUGAUGAAGAAGCUAGAAGGCGUUUGAUCUGGGAAGAAAAUGUUAAAAAAAUUGUUCACCACAAUCUUCAAGCAGAUAUCGGUGUGUACACCUACAGAAGAGGUAUCAAUGAGUAUGCUGAUGUGGAACAUGAAGAAUUUGUGAAAACUAUGAAUGGUUUGAAAAAGAGCCCAGGAUUUGUAAGCAGCGCAAUCAAAUGGACACCAAUAGAAAAUGUUAUAAUUCCUGAUACAGUUGACUGGAGGCCAAAGGGAGUGGUUACUCCAGUUAAAAACCAGGCUCAAUGCGGGUCUUGUUGGGCCUUCUCAGCUACUGGUUCCUUGGAAGGUCAACAUAAGAUCAAAACCGGAAAGCUGGUUUCUUUGAGUGAACAGAACCUCAUUGAUUGCUCAGCAGCUGAAGGUAAUGAUGGUUGCGGAGGAGGUUGGAUGGAUCAAGCUUUUGACUACAUCAAAAUAAAUAAGGGAAUUGAUACCGAAAGCUCUUAUCCCUAUGAAGCAGAGGAUGAUACUUGUCGUUUCAAUCCAGCAAAUGUAGGAGCUACCGUCAAGGGCUACGUUGACAUUCCAACCACAGAUGAAGAUGCUCUUAAACAAGCAUCAGCAACAAUUGGACCCAUUUCGGUAGCCAUUGAUGCAAGUCACGAAAGUUUCCAAACUUAUAAGAGUGGAGUUUACAGUGAGCCUGAAUGUGACCCUCAAGUAUUGGACCAUGGUGUACUUGUAGUUGGUUAUGGCAGCGAAGAUGGCCAGGACUACUGGUUGGUGAAGAACAGUUGGGGAACAUCAUGGGGAAUCAAUGGCUACAUCAAGAUGUCUAGAAACAGUAACAACCAAUGCGGAAUCGCUACAAAAGCCAGCUACCCACUUGUGUAAAAUUUCAAACAAAGACAGUUCCUACUUAAACAGUUCCGACGUCCAGUAUGAAGAGUUGUGUCUAGAAGAAUUGAAUGUUGUUUUGUUUGUUAUUUAUUAUGUGUAAAAUAAAUUGUUCAUAAAAUAU